GAGGGCGCACAGUCGAAGAACAAGGGAGUUAGGGCGCAUAGACUUUUGGGGACACUUUACUUUAGUUCGUUUAUGUUUCGCACUUUAAAAUUGUCUGGAAUAAAGCCAAUUUUGAAGCAAGAUGUUGUAAGUAAAACAUUGCAUCUUUUUGCCUUUGUCUCCUCAUCCUCCAUCCGUCUCCAGCUCCGUUGCGCACUGGACCCCUUCGCUCCAAACGUCUCUUCUCUUAUCGGAUAAUGAUGUGGACUUUACCAGCUCUUCUCCUGGCUCUUUUCCCGGCUGUGGUGCAUGGGAGCUGGGGUUGUCAGCUCCCGCACGACUGGAGACCCCAAACCGAGUCGUGCCGUGCCGAGCUGGCUGAAAUCAUCGUCUUUGCCAAAGUUUUAGCGCUGCACAAGGAGACGUACAGCGUGUAUAACUAUCUUCCAUGGCAACACGACACAGAUUUGUUGUACUCUGCAGAGAUUGAGCUGCUGUGUGACCAGGCGUGGGGCAGCAUGCUGGAGAUGCCCGCGGGAUCCCGGUUUAACGUGACAGGGCUCGGGUACUUCCCCUGCUUCUCCUACAGCGUCACGGAGAACAACAGCUACUACUUCUUUCUCAAAAUGGAUGAGGAUUACAACAUCCUUCCUCAUGGAGUAAACUUCCAGGAUGCCAUUUUCCCUGAUGUUCCAGAGAAUCACCGCAUGUUCUCCAGUCUGUUCCAAUUCUCCAACUGCACCCAAGGGACCCAGGUCCACAGCUUCACUGCAGAGUGGGAGGCACAGGAGGACACCAGGUUGCUGUGCUCUACCGUGCAAAAGGCUUUAUUCGAAGAAGAGGAGCGUGUUCAGAAUUUGACCCAACAAGUCAGAGUUUUGGAGAAAGCGAAUGGCCAUCUGAGAGAGAGAGUGAAAACCUUGAAACGCCAGCUACGGCAAGCCCAGAGGGACAAUAAGGAUCAGCAGACUCUCAAUCUCAAACAGAUUUACGACUCCACACAGCCUCACCCCGAUCAGGAUACAACUGGAGAGGAGAAAACUUCACCGAGCAAAAAGGGACCCAACAAGAAACUAAAAACUUAGAAGUGUACAGUGAUCAGAUGGACUAUAUUCAGCAGAGUAGUAUGUAUAUAAGGAUAGAGUAAUACUGCAUUCAUCUUAUAUAGUGCUUUUCAAUACACUCAAAGUUAUUCAUUCCAUACUCACUGGUGGUAGGCUAUUAUUGUUGCCACAGCUGCCCUGGGGUAGACUGACAGAUGCAGGGCUGCACCAUCGGCUCUUCCAACCACCACCAAUCACUCAAUUACAUCCAAAAUUCACACAUGCCCUGAGUGUGAAUGCUGCCAAAAGCAGUAUUGGUAAAUGUUGGUAAUAAGAGCUAAAGCUGGAUAAACUUAGAUCAAAAAGUUGAAACAUUGCAUCAGUUGCUCUGUUACAUGUUCUUAUUGUUGUAUCUGUGCUGGACACAAUUGCAUUUCUUUGUAUUGAAUUUUCAGUGAGCAAAAAUGACAAAAAUCUCUCAUAAACUCUGUUACAAAGAUCAAACUUCUCUAA